UCGACGUUACACUCACAGAUUGCGUCUGUUAUUCGCUGCUUUAUGGUGAUUGCAUAUUAAAUAGUUUUUCCGUCAAACUACCUAAUUUAAUUGAUAAUUUGUCGCGUCUUAAUUCAAAGACCGUGAACUUUCAGGAUCAACUACAAUAAUAUUAUUCAAUUGAGAAACGAAACGUGACCUUUUUAUCAUAUCAUCACAUUUUCGAUGAGAUCCAGAUGUUUGCUCAUACUAACUAAUAAGUCGCAAAUUUAAAAUGAAUAUUCGAUUUCGGGUUUUAUCAAUUUUUUGUCUUUACACGUUUGUCUACGGGGCUUCAGUAGAAGAGGACUGGCAUAAAUUCAAGGAAGAAUAUGGAAAACAAUAUAAGAAAUCGGAAGAGGAACACUUUUUUGAAAAUUUCAAGAAAAAUCUACUAGAAAUAGAAAAUCACAAUAAACUUUUCCAACAAGGGUUAACUACGUAUAAAAAAGGAAUAACAAGAUUUGCAGAUUUAUCGGGAGAAGAAUUUAUAGAGAAAUAUAUGUUAUUUGAAGCUCCUCUGAAGAAAUAUGAAGACUUUAUUAAUAAAACUUCCAAUUCUACCAAAUAUUUCAAUUGGAAAGAUAAAGGAGCUGUAACUGUAGUGAAAAAUCAGGAUAUUUGUGGAGCUUGUUGGCUUUACAGUGCUGUUGGCGUAGUCGAGGGACACUAUUUCAGAAAAAAUAACAAAUCAGUAACCUUAAGCGAACAAAAUAUUGUCGAUUGUUUCCCGGGAGAUACUUGUCGUGGGGGAUAUCCACCAAAUACGAUAAUAUAUCUCAUGCAUAAUGGUAUAAACACUGCUGAAGAUUAUCCGAAUAAAGUACUACGUGGAUCUUGCAGAUAUGACAAAUCGAAAAAAGUUAAAUUGAACAUAACAGAUUACAAUGUCGAUUCACUAUCCGAACGAGAAAUUACAGAAGUUUUGAAAAAUUAUGGACCAGUAACCAUAGCCAUUUAUGCCAACAAAAAUUGGAGGUUAUACGAAAGCGGAGUAUGGUUCGAAAAAGAAUGUUCAGAACAUCCCAAUCAUGCCGUUUUAUUAGUGGGAUAUGGUACAGAAAACGGUCAUGAUUACUGGUUGAUAAAAAAUUCUUACGGUAAAGGGUGGGGUUUAGCAGGAUAUAUAAAAAUGGCAAGGAAUGCUGGUCGUAAUUAUUGUGGUUUAGAAGAGUUUAUAAUGUAUAUUAAGUAAUUGAUAACAAAAGAACGUGAAUCGUAGAAUAAAUGCGACUCUACUUAC